ACGAAGCACACCACAAUGAGGACAUCAGUGGUAGUUCUGGUCUGCUUAGGCAUCCUUUGUAUAUCAGCAUGUGUCCUUGCACAAAUCAAGUUAGGGUCAACUCUGAACCAGUGUUUCGCAAACGAAGAUUGCACCUUGCAGCAGACCUGUAUGAACCUCAAGUGCAAGGACCCGUGUUUGGAGGCCUGCAACGGCAAUACUGUGUGCCAGGUCCGCAACCACGUCCCGUACUGCGCGUGCAAGCCUGGCUUCUCGGGCGAUCCGUUCAGUGGAUGCGAUCAACGGAGAGUGACUCUUGAGCCCCAGUGUGAGACCAACGACGACUGCCCCCAGUACAGGGCUUGUAUCAACCGGAAGUGUGAAGACCCUUGCUAUGACGUGUGCAGCGGCAACACCACAACAUGCCAUGUACGCAAUCAUAUCCCUUAUUGCACCUGCAGGAAGGGCUUUUCUGGAGACCCCUCGAUUGCAUGCAAGCCACAAAAUCCACCUGGGAGCUGGCCUCCUUAUCCAGGGGCGAAAAAACGAUUCCAGCUGGAACUUAUCAAGACCAACUGGUUUGGAGCCUUCGCCCACUGCCUGAACCACGGCGGGAGACUCGCCACUGUUGCCAACUACGAGGAGAACGAAAGGGUGAAGGAAGCAAUUAGAAAGACAGGACUAAAAGCAAGCUUCUGGGGGUCAGGGACGGACUACGCCCUGGGCAACCACUGGACCUGGGUCAGCACGGGGUUACCCUUCACGUUCACGGACUGGAGCAACAAUCAGCCCGACAACUGGCAGAACCUGCCCGGGGCUUUGGGAGUUUGGGAAGAAACACAGUACCGCUGGAAUGACAGGAACUGUCUGGAACAACAGUACUCAGUCUGCGAGUACUACGACGAAGUAGAACAGAAGUGA